GAAAUUAUUUGAGUAUUAUAAAAGAGACAUUUUUCCAUCAUAAUUGUUAAGAAUGAAGAAAUGCUGAAGCCACUUUAGCUUUUGAUAUAUCCAAUAUGGGUAAAGCUGCUUUAAGAAAAAAAUCACAGAUCACUGCUGUAAAAUCUACCAUUUUAUUAAAUGCAUAAUGAUUUGGUUCCAUUAGUCACUACAAGAUGUUUAAUAUUCAAUUAGAGAUGGCAAAGGAUAGUUAGCUUUUCCUAUCAUGUAAACGGUCUACAGUAGAGAUGAUGGCAUAUUGCUCAGUGAUGUCAUAAUACCCAAUGAUGUCACAAUGCAUAAUGCUAGCAGAUUUCCCGGUGAUGUCAUAAUACUCACCGAUGUCACAAUGCAUAAUGAUGUCACUGCAAAAUGUUUAUCACUGGAAGAACACAUAUCAUUUCAUUAGUUACUGGUGACUAAAGAGUAAACAUGUCUUUAACAAUGUUCCUAUUAAACAUCUUAUUUAUAAUUAAUUUUACUAUAAUUCAAGGAUUUCCAAUUACAACUCAGGAAGGUAAGAAAGACUGAAAUUAUUUGAGCUCUUGAUAUAACUAAGAAAAUAUUCUGUUAAUUUAAACAAAUACUUUUACAUAGAUACCUUGCAAACAAGGAUUCGACAGUUUUUCAGAUUUGCAUUUUUUUCAUUGGUUUAAAUAUAAAUGAGGGCUUUUCCCAUCAUAACUAUGAAGAAAUAGUUUUGAUGGAAGAAAUGCUGAAGCUGCUUUAGCUUUUGAUAUAUCCAAUAUGGCUAAAGCAAGCUAUAACAAAUUUAUACAGAACUGAUUCCUAUAUUGUUCUUUAUUGUUAAAACAUCUCAAAGUAUUCUGUGUUGAUGUUACAGAUUUUAUGUUGAAUUUUAUCUUUACUUUUACAGAUUCCACAUUUAAUUAUGCCGAUAGUACAACUUCUGGAUAUACAACCCCCCCGACUGAGACAAAUACAAAUGCUGCAAUGAACCAAAUGCAAGCUAGCCACAGAAGAACAAUGCAUUCUGUAUUGGCAGUAAUAGUCAUAUUUUCACUGGUCUACUUCGUCUGUUACGUAAUACGAAGGUGGAAAGUACCAGAUGCAGCAGAUGAGGAGAGCCAAAUUGAGUGGGGAUGUUCAGAUUCCACAUAUAAUUAUGCCGAUAGUACAACUUCUGGAUAUACAACCCCCCCGAUUGAGACAAAUACAAAUGCUGCAAUCAACCAUAUGCAAGCUAGCCACAGAAGAACAAUGCAUUCUGUAUUGGCAGUAAUAGUCAUAUUUACACUGGUCUACUUCGUCUGUUACGUAAUACGAAGGUGGAAAGUACCAGAUGCAGCAGAUGAGGAGAGCCAAAUUGAGUGGGGAUGUUCAGAUUCCACAUAUAAUUAUGCCGAUAGUACAACUUCUGGAUAUACAACCCCCCCGAUUGAGACAAAUACAAAUGCUGCAAUCAACCAUAUGCAAGCUAGCCACAGAAGAACAAUGCAUUCUGUAUUGGCAGUAAUAGUCAUAUUUACACUGGUCUACUUCGUCUGUUACGUAAUACGAAGGUGGAAAGUACCAGAUGCAGCAGAUGAGGAGAGCCAAAUUGAGAGGGGAUGUUCAGGAAAAUAUGAACCAACCAUAGUUAUACAAUACCCAGAAAUACCUUUUGACAUAAAGAUUCCAGAUAUGGCUUAUAAAGUACAACAAAUGAUUUCUGAGGCUCAAGAAGAACCAAAAAAUAAUGAAGAGCCAAAGCAGGAGGAUUCUACACAUAAUAAGGAUGAAGAGAAAAAUGAACAACAACAAGAAAAAGACAAAGAGCUUUCUAAUGGAGAGAAUGCAGAGGUUAUAGAAACAAGUGCAAAUGAUGACACAGAGAAGAAGAAAAGAAAAUGGUUUGCACGUCUUAAAAGGAAGAAGGAGAAAAUAGCAGGAAAAACUGAAAAAAAGAAAGGAAAGAAAAAUCAAAAUGAAGAAAUUCUAGCAUCCCUUCUAAUUGAAAGGCGAACAACCCCUUUCACAGGGGACUUGAAGAGUUUGAAUGCAUGA